GACAAGGCCAUACCCAGGUACAAGUUCCUGCUUUGCUUCCAUGAUACCACUUCCUUCGGAACCAGGAUAUGGUGCACCACUUGGAUAUUGGAGAACGGUUCUCCAUCUCCAAUCCAACGGCUCAUAAAAAUGGUCCAUUUAAUAAAUGGUUUAGAUUUGUUAGGGAAAGUGGUAGUGGAUUGUGAGGUCAGCAUACUGAAAAGGAGCUGACAAAAAGUUGAUUUUGGGGCCCCCAGACUGAAAAAGGAGCUGACAGAA